ACCCCUGCUUAAAUACAAAUACAUAGCUGCUUAGUUUGAAGGAUUUAACAAAGUUUCCAAAAGCUGAAAACACUGUUAAAAAUGAAAAUAUUGAUCUUAUUCCUUUCCCUUUCGGUGGCGUUUGGACAAGAUAUGGAAUACCAAUCCCUGGGCGCCUGUACCGGGGAUCUAGUCGCAGAAUACGGGGAAAGAGAGUCGUUCCGAGCAUUUCAAGAAGGGAAGAUCGAGGACAGCAUCCCGGCCGCGAUAGACGAGCUUUACGGCACGAACAAAACCGAGGUUGAGGAGACGAAGCAAGCUUACUCCGAGUUUCAGGACGAACUGGCCGUGAACCGGGAGGCCAACGAGGCCUGGAACAUUGUCGCGAGGGGAAAAGGAGAAAACAUGGAGGUCGUGAUGGACGCCGGCUUCCGGUUGGACGCCAUGCUGGGCGGAGAGGAGAAGGGAAUAGUUUCUGUCAGAUUCUGGGGCUGGUUGAAAAGGAACUGUAAAAAAAUUGUUAAAAUAGUUAUUAUCGUGGUGCGAGCUUUUUUGAAAUUCUUGAUUGGGUGA